AUGGUUGACAAUGCUCUGAGGAAGAAGGUGGAAGUCAAGAUGACAAUUGAUUUCAAUUCAUGUAACCAAACAAUCCCUUAUGUAUCCCCAUUCUGCUUGGAGAAGCAGUUUCAAGUGUUGUAUGCAUAUGCGAAGUUUAAAAAGGUCCAAAGAGAGGUGUGGGGGAUGAUUUGUUGUAAUUAUGUACUUGUUAGCAAAGAGGGUUGUAUUUCCACCUACAAUGUGUUGGAUGAAAUUUCCACUGACGAUUAUGUCAAAACCAUCAAGUACUUAGUUUACUAUAACGAGGAGGAAUGCGAUGUUAAAUGCAUGUGUACAUUGUUUGAGAUGAGGGGCAUUCUUUGUAGGCACAUAUUUAAAGUCUUUCAAAUGAAGAAGAUUUAUGUAUUGCCAAAUAAAUAUGUCUUUGAUCAAUGGAGGAAUGAUUUAAAGAGGAUAUACACACUUGUCAAAACUAGCUAUGAUAACUUGCGGGAUAAUGCGAAUGCACGAAUGUAUGAGGUUUUGGAUGAGUUUGAGCAUAAUUUCAUAGGAUUAACACUUGAGCCUGGUUCAACCAAGGUAAAAGAGAGCUUGGUUAUGGAUAAGGGUAAGAAAAUAUUAAGCCCUCACGUUGUCCAAGGGAAAUGGAGACCCCCAACAAAGAGAAAGACUUGUAGAGAAAUAUUUGAUGACAAACAAGUUGGUGAGGUGUUGGACGCUGAACUUGGUGCUAACGCUGAAGAUGUUAUUAGAACCCAAUGCAGUAUUGUCACACAACCAACACUAGCGGGCAAUGAUGACUUGCAAGGCUAA